GUUUUCUUCCGGAGAUAGCUUACUGUUGGUUGCUUAUUAGUUGGCCAAGAUAUAUGAGGGUAGGUAGACCAUGGUAAAUUCAAAUGGUAACGAUGUCUCUUUGUACGAUCUCCAUGCCAACAGCAUGGACACGAUUCAGAAGCUGCGACUUGCUGUACAUGAGCAGGAGGUCUACGUAUCACAACUAGAGAAGCAUAAGACGAUGCGAGACCGGCUCCUUGCACAGCUGAACAGCGCCCUCAGACGAUCGAACCUCGACACCUCAACGAAUAUCGAAGCGGCGACCGAAGACUUGCUGCGUGAGCUCCACAAAAUGGGGCGGGAAAUUUGUGUAGGUUAUGGUGUGCACGACAACAAGCUUGAAUUCAGAAGUACAAACGAAGACCAGAUUCUACCAGCCAAGAGUCAGCACUCUUCAGAAAGAAAUUCUUCCGUGUUGGUAUUUAGUGACGCUGUUGAGACCCAACUAUCUGCAUUAACGGAAGAUGAUCAGUGGCUGCAGGGGGAAAGUCCAUCGCUGCCAGUCACCGUGCCCAUAGACACUUCACUAGAGGCUUGUCAAAGUGAGGAGAAAGUAAUCAAGAGACAAAAAAAGCGGAGGCACAGGAAGGGUUACCAGGAUGUUGUCAAAGUUGAGAACAGCUCCCCAAAAUCUGUGGAGAUUCUAAGAUGUAUGAAGGAGAGGGAUGCCAAGCAUCGCGAAGAGCUGUUUAAAGGAUUGGACCGAGUGAUUGCGGAAAAUCCUGACGCGUUCUCACUGGCCAGUGGCAUUACCUCCAAACAGCCGCAGUGGUUGACGGCUUGGGUGGAAGCCGAUGCAGCACACUCGGGAAAUUCUGGGGAACGACAAGUGGAAGAAGCGGAGGACUACUCCGACGACUUUGAAGACGACUGA